AUGGACAACACAGGUUCCGAUGUUGCCAAUCAUGAAAAGGUUCCGAUAUCGUUUGGAAACGUAUUGGAUUAUGUAGGAGACUCGGUGAGACCUUUACGAGAAGGACAGAAUGUGUAUGAUUCGGGACACAUUGUGUGUAUUGGAUAUACUCAUAAAACAUCCAGCCACUUGAAUCUUCAGGCGUAUGUUCUCCAAAGUUCGCAUCCGGCGGAUGUCCCUGACCAACUGGAGCUUAAAAUCGGAUCGGAUCACCAUCAGUGGAUUAUGAAGUGUUCGUGCAAAGCUGGAACAGCACGAUGUAAGCAUAUAGUGGCAUGCUUACUUCAUCUCUGUCAAUUUGAAUUUGUUGAACACAUGACAUGUACAGAUUCUCGACAGGCAUGGGGUAAAAGUAAAACGAACAUGACGUCUCUUUGGCGUGCAAAACCAGUGGAGGAGCUCUGUUGUGUUCGUAAGCAUCCAAAGCUAUUUUCAAAUGCACCUAAUAAAGAAGAUCUUCUGCAACAAGCUUUCAACCGAAUUCUCCAAGCAUCUCCGAACUCAGCCAUCAAGAAGCAUAUCGAUGGGAGAGAACUCAGCUGUCCAAUACCCACCUCAGGGCCACUGAAUCGUUCAGAUCAUGGUAUUUAUGUCUCCCGACAUGAAUUACAUGAUAUGAUCAGCAUCAACAGUGAAUCACCUUGUUGA